AUGGCAGACACCAAAGAAUCCCUGCCCGUCGUCGGGCCAUCGCCCUCGAGCGAAGAAAAGCUCGGGGCCAAGGAGGAAGGGCUGGAACAAUUGGGCUAUACCCAAGAGCUGGCGCGCAACCGGUCGCUCAUCACACUACUGUUCCAGACGCUGGCUAUUGCUGCGAUUCCCUACGGUGAGGGCGGUCCUCUGAUCAGCGCCAUCUAUGGCGGUGGGCCGUUGUCACUCUUCGUUGGCUGGAUUGUUGUUUGUGUCUUGGACGAAUGCGUUGCCCUUUCUCUUGCUGAGCUAGCAUCACGCUGGCCUACCUCGGCUGGUCCGUAUUACUGGGCUUUCCAAAUCGCGCCCCAGAGAUCCAAAACAGUAUUGUCCUUUGUUAAUGGCUGGGUGUGGCUGAUUGGGAACUGGACUAUUACCUUGUCGGUAAACUUUGGUUUUGCUUCUCUGUUGUCGGGGACCAUUUCCAUGUAUCAUCCCGACUGGACUGCCAAUGCCUGGCAGCUGCUUUUGAUUUUCUAUGCCAUCUGCUUGACAUCUCUGGUCAUUUGCACCUUUGGUAACCGCUUCUUGCCAAUGGUUGAUAUCAUCUGCGCGGCCUGGACGGCUGUCAGCAUUCUGAUUAUUCUAAUUGCACUAUCAGUCAAGGCUAACGUUGGCCGUCACGAUGCUUCGUACUCUCUAGGGCACUAUGACACCAGCCUAUCUGGAUGGGGCGGAUUCACGUUCUUUAUUGGAUUGCUACCAGCUGCAUAUUGCUUUUCGGCCAUCGGUAUGAUUUCCUCCAUGGCCGAAGAGUGUGCCAACGCAGUCGUCAAAGUACCACAAGCCAUCGCCCUGUGUAUUCCAGUUGGGGGCAUUGCUGGCUUAUUCUUCAUCAUCCCCAUCUGCGUCACCCUACCUCCCCUCUCAGACAUUCUAGACGCCCCUGCAGCUCAAGCUCUGCCAUAUAUCUUCCACGUAGUCAUGGGCUCCCCCGGCGGCGGACUAGGCUUGAUUUUUUUGGUCCUCGCCAUCACGCUCUUCUGCUCGAUCAGCAUCACAGUCGCCGCAUCACGAUCCACCUGGGCAUUUGCGCGUGACGACGCGAUUCCACUCUCCAAGAUCUGGGCUCAGGUCAACCAUCGACUGGGCGUGCCCGUGUGGUCUCUUGUGCUGCUCACCGUCAUUCAGAUGCUUCUGGGGUUGAUCAAUCUCGGCAGUUCCAGCGCAUUCACUGCGUUUGUCUCUGUGGGUGUGGUGGCGCUGGCUGUCAGCUAUGCGAUCCCCAUCGGCACCAGCCUGUUCCACAAACGCACCGAAGUCAACAAGGCUCGUUUCACGUGCGGCCCUGUCAUUGGUACGGCGGUGAAUGUGGUUGCUCUGCUGUGGAUUGCCUUUGAGCUGGUGCUUUUCUGUAUGCCUACUGCUCUGCCGGUUACCAGGGUUAGUAUGAAUUACGCCUCGGUGGUCUUUUUGGGAUUUAUGGCUAUUUCGGGAGUAUGGUAUGGGGUGUAUGCGCGAAAAUCGUACAAGGGACCUCCGGCAUCCGAUGGACUGUGA